GGAAGGAGGAGAUUUGUAAAGAAGAGGCAGCAGGCAGGGCACGUAUUCGUUUCCAAGUAACGAAUCAAUCGAAAAAUACAUACAUAAAAAGGAAGGGAAAAAAAGAGGAUAAAAACAGAAGAAAGAAAGCGCCAAACUUGAAUCAUCGUCAGGGAGGAGAUCAGAUAGAUAAGGUUUGAGUUCUGUUCCUUCACUUGUGUUGUGUGUGUGUGGCUGGCUCCCCUCCCUCUCCUCCACCAACACCGACUCAUAAACCCUAAUUCAAUGUCUGCUCUUCAAGCUUUUCUCCUCUCUAAACCCCCGAUAACCCCCCCUCUCCCACGACGCCUACAAAUUCGCCCUUUCAAUCUACCUCUUUCUUGCUCAACAAGUCACCGCCCAAAGUACCCUCCUUUCUUCGCACUGAGCCAAGAUAAUGUUGAUUCGCAAUCGUCUUUUUCUUCAUCCACUAAUAAUAAUCCACUUCCAGAACCGGAGGAGGCUGACUUUCCAAAUCAACAGCCUUUGAAUGCUGCUGCAACAGUUGAAACCGAGGGGAAAUUUCCCUUAUUUGUAUUUUUGAUGGGAUUAUUUGCAAGGUUCAAGGCGAAAAUGCUCUUGUCAGAUGGGUUUAGUUGGUGGCCUUUUUGGCGCCAAGAGAAGAGGUUAGAGCUCCUCAUUUCUGAAGCUGACUUGAAUCCAAUGGACGCUGCCAAGCAGACUGCUUUGCUGCUUGAGCUCAAUAAACACAGCCCGGAGUCUGUCAUAAGGCGUUUUGAGCAAAGGCAGUAUGCAGUAGACAGUAGAGGAGUUGCAGAAUACAUCCGAGCUCUGGUAGCCACGAAUGCCAUUGCUGAAUAUCUUCCUGAUGAGCAAUCUGGAAAGCCUUCCAGUCUUCCUGCUCUUUUACAAGAACUUAAGCAACGGGCAUCAGGAAAGUUAGAUGAGUCCUUUUUAAAUCCUGGCAUAUCUGAGAGGCAGCCAUUGCAUGUUAUGAUGGUUGAUCCAAAAGUGUCAAAUAGAUCAUCACGUUUUGCACAGGAGCUCAUCUCAACAAUCUUAUUCACUGUUGCGAUUGGCUUAAUGUGGGUAAUGGGUGCUGCUGCACUUCAAAAGUAUAUUGGUGGUUUAGGUGGUAUAGGAGCUUCUGGUGUUGGUUCGAGUUCUUCUUACUCCCCAAAAGAAUCACAUAAAGAAAUAGCACCCGAGAAGAACGUAAAAACAUUUAAGGAUGUCAAAGGUUGUGAUGAUGCCAAACAAGAGCUUGAGGAAGUUGUGGAAUACCUAAAAAACCCUGGGAAGUUUACUCGACUUGGGGGAAAGUUACCAAAGGGGAUACUUUUGACUGGUGCACCUGGAACAGGGAAAACUCUACUUGCCAAGGCAAUUGCUGGAGAAGCUGGAGUUCCUUUUUUCUACAGAGCAGGUUCUGAGUUUGAGGAAAUGUUUGUUGGAGUAGGUGCUCGGAGAGUGAGAUCCUUGUUUCAAGCAGCAAAGAAAAAGGCUCCAUGCAUAAUUUUUAUUGAUGAAAUAGAUGCCGUCGGAUCGACUCGGAAGCAGUGGGAAGGCCACACAAAGAAAACACUGCAUCAACUGCUUGUGGAAAUGGACGGGUUUGAACAAAAUGAGGGCAUAAUUCUGAUGGCUGCAACAAAUUUGCCUGAUAUUCUUGAUCCUGCUUUAACAAGACCUGGUAGAUUUGAUAGGCAUAUUGUUGUUCAAAAUCCAGAUGUGAGGGGUCGUCAAGAGAUUCUCGAUUUGUAUUUACAGGACAAACCACUUGCUGAGGAUGUUGAUGUGAAGGCAAUUGCACGUGGUACACCAGGGUUCAAUGGGGCAGACUUGGCAAAUUUGGUGAACGUUGCUGCCAUAAAAGCUGCUGUUGAAGGCGCUGAGAAAUUAAAUGCAGCACAGUUGGAGUUUGCAAAGGAUAGGAUAAUUAUGGGUACAGAACGCAAAACUAUGUUCAUAUCCGAAGAUUCAAAAAAGCUGACUGCUUAUCACGAGAGUGGUCAUGCAAUAGUUGCGUUGAAUACGGAUGGUGCACAUCCGAUUCAUAAGGCAACAAUCAUGCCCCGUGGGUCCGCUUUGGGAAUGGUGACUCAGCUCCCUUCAAAUGAUGAAACGUCCAUAAGCAAAAGACAAUUAUUGGCACGUCUUGAUGUUUGCAUGGGUGGGCGGGUUGCAGAAGAGCUUAUCUUUGGCCGUGACCAUAUUACUACUGGUGCUAGUAGUGAUCUUCAGUCUGCUACAGAACUUGCUCAAUAUAUGGUAUCAUCUUGUGGUAUGAGUGAUGUUAUUGGUCCAGUUCAUAUAAAAGAGAGACCAGGGUCUGAGAUGCAGUCACGUAUCGAUGCAGAAGUCGUCAAACUUCUAAAAGAUGCUUACGAACGCGUGAAAUCGUUACUUAAAAAGCAUGAGAAGUCAUUGCACACUUUGGCAAACGCACUGCUGGAAUACGAGACGCUAAAUGCAGAAGAAAUAAAGCGGAUUCUUGAACAAGGGCAAGGAGGAGCGAUAUCUGAUGAAGUAGUGCAACAAGAUGAAGGAGAACUUGUAUUGGCAUAAUAGAAACUUGUGAUUUUUUUUUUUUAUCAAUGGGGACUAUGUACAGUGUUUGUAUACGAAAGCCAAUUAUUUAUUCAUAGAUGCUGCAAUUCUUUCCA